AAAAUACCCACCGCGGUUUUUCCUCUCCUUCUAAUUUAAAGCCAAACAGGGAAACGGAGCGCGAGCUGCAAUUUGACGAGCUCAAUGUUCAGGAGAAUUGUCACGCGCGGAAACCAAAGAUAAACUCUGAAAAGGUGUGUGUGUGUGGAGUGAAACAUCGAGAGCGCGCGGAGUGUGUGAGUUGAGGAGUGUUUGAGGUUUUUUGGUGAGGAGCUUCUUGAUGCCCAACAGAUUCUCUCAGACACGGAGCUGCUGAUCGGAGUCCGCGGCCAUGGGGGAGCAGCCGAUCUUUACCACCAGGGCCCAUGUGUUCCAGAUUGAUCCCACCACCAAAAAGAACUGGGUUCCUGCCAGUAAACAGGCCGUCACCGUCUCGUACUUCUACGACAGCACACGCAACAGCUACCGCAUUAUCAGCGUGGAUGGAUCUAAGGUCAUCAUUAACAGCACCAUCACUCCCAACAUGACGUUCACUAAAACCUCACAGAAGUUCGGACAGUGGGCCGACAGCCGGGCAAACACAGUGUUUGGCCUGGGCUUUGCUUCAGAGCAACAGCUAACAAAGUUUGCAGAUAAGUUUCAGGAAGUGAAGGAGGCAGCCAAACUCGCCCGAGACAAAUCUCAGGAGAAAAUGGAGACUUCCAGCAACCACUCACAGGAGUCGGGGAGGGAGACUCCAUCGUCCAAUCAGGUGUCCAGCAUGAACGGGACGGACGAUGAGAAAAUCUCGCACACGCCCGACACCAUGGCGUUGAAGAGCGAGAACGACCGACUCAAAACCGCUAUAGAGCAGAGUAACUCAAAUGCUAAGAAGUGUGAGACGGAGCUGCAGGCUCUGAGGGAGAGUAACGCUCGGCUGCUGGACGCUCUGCAGGAGGCUAACAGCAGUGUGGAGAACUGGAAAACAAAGGCAGCGGCCUGUCAGGAGGAGAACAAUGCACUGAAGAACAAGAUUGUGGAGCUGGAGCUGCAGUGUAAGGAGGUGAAUCAGGAGAAGGAGAGAAACGCUCAGCUCACUCUGAGAGUGCAGCAGCUGGAGACAGAGCUGCAGGAUAAAGAACAGGAGCUGGAGAAUCUGAGGAAACAAGCUGAGAUCAUCCCCCAGCUCAUGGCUGAGUGUGAGAGCAUCACCGCCAAACUACAGGCGGCGGAGCAGUCUAGUACGGAGGCCCGUGGGAAGGUGACGGCGCUGCAGAGCGAGGUGGAGGACAGUCAGCAGAAACACACACACAUGAAGACAGAGCUGAAGAAGUUCAUGGACGUUCUGGAGGGAAAAAUCGACGAGCUGCACGAAGUGCGUCAGGGGCUCUCCAAACUUGGCAUUGACAACUGAAUACACACCGCACAACCACGCUGGGCUCCCAACGGACUGCACCGGAGCCAACCAAGUGAUAUAACCCCCCACGGCAGACCCCCAACCUGCCCCUGCCCAACCGCCCCCCUGACAGACUCCCCUCCAGACCCCCCUCCAGACCCUCCCACCCCCAAAACCACAGAGCUGAACAGCUCCAAUAUUAGGAAGUGACAGCCAUAACUGUUUGUGCUGCACACACUAACACUGGGCUGAGUGUGUUACUGUGUGUGUGUGUGUUACUGUGUGUGUGAGUGUGUGAGUGAGUGAGUGAACAAGGGCUAUGUGGUGUUUAGUUCAGUGGCGCGGAUGUACAGAGUUGACUGGUUGGCCACAGAGUGAAUCGGUACUCAUAGCGAGGUCUGAAACCUGAUCCGACCCCAGUGGUACAUCUAAAUUUGAAACCUGAACUGGCUCGCAUCACGAGCCAUAUCAUCACUGAGGGUUUACAGAGCUUUACUGUAUAACUGAGAGCUGGAGUGAUGGAAUGUGAUGCUGUGAUACACUGAUAGUAUUGAUUAUCAGUGUAAUUGUUGUAGAACUGCUGAUUGAACAGGACUGAACAGUGCCCCCCUCCUCUGAGCCUGGUUACAGCAGCUCUGCGUAAGUUUAUCUAAUUUUUUUUUUUUAAGUAAGGUCUUUAUUAGCUUUUCAAAGAUGAUCAUAUAGGGAGUUAAUAUAAUUAUAAAGACAGUUUUACCACUUAACAAAAAGACAGACCAAAAACAUGGAGUUACAAAAAUAAAGGGGGGGUGUGAAGUGUAUGUAAUGCUCAGUUUUCACUCUGCUUCAGUUUCACUGCUGUCAGGUCUAAACCCUUUAUACUGUUCCUCUUUAAGCUUGUCAAUAGCAGGCUAGAUAUAUUUACACAAUCAAAAUAUGAUUAUUUAAUAGUAAGUUUAUAUUUGGUUUGUGUGUAAAGUCUUCAGUUACACUAAUUCAUUUCAAACUGGCUUUUACUCAAUUUAGUUGCACCACAAAUUGUGUCUUAACUAGUAACAACUAACUAAUGCGCACGUCACUUUAACAUGACAAUAACACGAUCAGAACCGAUCAGUAAACCUGCUGCCAUGGAAACACGAUGGAGCUGCUCUGACUGAAUAUCCAGCCUAGAAGAGAGCAAUAUGUACUCUGUAUUCUUUAGUAUUUCACUGAGAAAUCAAAUACUCAGCUUUUUAAAUGCUGAUUUCUGGCUGACCAACACAACAGCAGCCUCAGUUUAGCCGUUUGUGCAGCUGCUGAGUCUCACCGAGCUGGAGCUGUGGGUGUUCAGCUUCAUGCUCAGAGUUUAAACCAGGGCGACAAUUAGAGCUGUGAGGAAAAUCAUUUCAUGUUUUUAGCUUAGUAACCAAGUCAUAUUUUUGGUCUUUUUGUGCUCUCUGUGUGGUUCUGAUGGUUUCCCCAAAACUCACACCUGCUGAGGGAGUGUAACUGGUGAGCUCAGCCUUAAAACUAGUUUGUGGUGCAGCUCAUUCUGAUUUAGUGAUGAUAUACCUGAACUUAGUAAACACGUAACAGCUAGUCUACGCCUAAACUUACGCACAGCUGGUGCAGCUGGAUACAGCUCUGCUGGUGCAGCUGGAUACAGCUCUGCUGUUAGCGCUAAAGCUCCUCUCACUUGUUCUGAUCCUGAUUACUUCAGGAGAACCUCACGAGCGAGAAGAAAUAUGUGGCUCUUCUAUGGCAGUGGUCUCCAGCCCUCCUCCUGGAGAUCUGCAGGUGUCACCCUCCCAAACCAAACACCUCCUUGAGCUAAUCAGGGAUGUCUGAAGGCAGCAGCCAGACUCAUCAGAAGGGGCUGAUUAGGGUUGGGGCUGAAGUCUGCAGGAAGGUGGAUCUCCAAGAGAAGAGUUGGUGACUACAGCUGAAGAACCGUCCAGAACACUGCCCCAAAGCCUGAAACUGUCGGACUGCGUCAGGUCGGGUAGCAGACCUCUAACAAACACACGCGUGUGCGCACACAGCAGAGCGUCAGAGAGUGUUAGAAUGUGAUUUUGAGUGUGUGUGUGUGUGUGUGUGUGUGUGUGUGUUCUUGUGUUCUUGUCUUGCUAUACCUGUAAGGACUACAUGACACUUCGCCACAUUUUGCUGGUCAUCACUUCAGCACAUGAUGUUUCACCACAAACUACAUUUAUUUGGAAAGCUAAAAGAGCAAAAAAUUCAUUUGGAUUUCAAGGUUAGGUUUAGGUGUAAGUGUAGCGGCUACAGUAAUACAAAAUCAAUAGAAGCCUAUGGAAGUCCUCACAAGUACAAGAAGACAAACGUGUGUGUGUGUGUGUGCGCGCAUGUGUGCAAUGCUCUAAAGCAGUCGUGGGACGCUCUCUCAAUAUUUGUUUUUUGUUUUUUUGGGUUUUUUUGUUUGGUUUUUUGUUUUUUUUUGUUUCCAAGAUAGUAAUCAUUAUCGUUUAUCAGAGAAGUUAAAACAAUCAGCAAUAACGAGCUGCUAAACAAGCUGCUAAUUAACUGAAAAUGUAAAACGGUGUCUUUCAUUUAUGAGGGUCAGUGUUUUGUUUAUCUCGUCUUUUGGAUGACAGAUUAAAGUCUUGUCGUUUGGAGGGCUGAGGGUCAUUCAGGUUUGUUAGAUUUUCUCUUUUGGACGCUUUCAGUCUUGUUCCAAUACGACACUACAUUCUUCACACAAUUUUGGAAAUUUUAGUGUAUCUGCAGUUUUCCUCAUAGACGUAUGGAAGCACAUUCCUGCCAGAUAGAGGACGAAAAAAAUCACUUUUGUUUUCCUUUCAGUUUUAACAUUGGUGUUUCUUACUGCCGCCAGAGAGGGAUGAAAAAAACUUUAUUUCCUACCUGCUGGGAAGUGAAUGCCAUACGUUUUACAUAUAAAGAGAUUUUUGUGAGAUGAUGUUUGUUUUGUGGGCUGAAGUGAAAGAUUUAUUAGUUUGCUGUUGUGCAGUCAGGCCAAGAGUUUUGGUUAGUUAUAAUAGAGCUGAAAUGAUUUUGAAUAUGCUGAAAAAGAAUUUCCAUAAAACAUUAACACAUCAGAUAAUAAACAUAUGAUGAUGAUGAUGAUGAUGGUGGGAGUGUCCCAUGACCUUUGAGCUGGGUGUGGCUCUGUGUUUAGUUCAGUGACACUGACAGGUAACAGGGUGGGGGUGAUGUAUAGCGACAGGGUUAGCAUCACACACACACACACACUCUCUGUGUGUAAUAACGGGGUGUGACUGAUGGCUGGAAUCUCAGGGUGUGUUUGGGUUCGUUAUGCACACACACGAACUGCAGUGUCACUAAGUGCCUGAGGUGGCGCUCUCUACUAGAGUCCCUCACUAACCUCCGCGUCCGCAUGAAGCUGCUCCCCCUGGUGGGCAGGAGGCACACCUACACAUACACACACCAACACUCUCACAGUCAGAUUAAAGUGCAAUAUCGGUCCUGGCCUGCAGGGGGCGGAUGGUCUUCGAUUUACAGUUUUUCCGUGUGUUUUGUGCGGAUAAAGCGCAUCUUCUCGGCCAUAACAAUGUACGAAAUGACCCGAAUCUAUGCUAGAUAAUAUAUUUAUGAUUGCUGUGAUCAAAGAAUUGUGCAUGUUUGAUAAACAUUUGUCAAUGUUAUUUUUAACGUUGUGGCUGUUGUGGGUGAUGUUUUUUUUCCCCUCAUGUUUUUGUACGGCUGGGCUUUGGGUGGGUGGGUGUGUUGGUUAUUGCUGCUAGCUGGUGAGGGAGAAGUCUGCAUGAUGGACAGCAGGUGCAGUGUAGAGGCUCCGCCUCUCCAAAUGAUCUACACUGCACCUGCUUUCCGUCAUGCAGAGCUCCAGGGUUUAGAACUUUCUCUUCCCGAAGUGACGGAUUUCCACGUCUGUUUUUUCUGAUCAAUGCUGUAUGAUUAUUGAUUGUCAUAAAUAUAGUUUAAGUACGAAACCUUU